GACAAACUUGUGGCGCUAAAAUCAGUGAGAAAAAAUAAACAAACAUGGAAACGUGUGAAGUAGAAUUUCUCGCUGAGCGAGAAUUAAUCAGUAUCACGCCGAAUUUUGACCUCGGUGUCCUUCACCUGAUCUCAGGUGACUUCGGCCCGUUUAAAGCAGGUCUUCCUGCUGAAGUUCCUUUAUGGUUAGCCAUCAAUCUUCGACAAAGACGCAAGUGCCGGAUUAUGCCCCCCGAAUGGCUCAAUGUAAAGACUUUGGAACUUAUCAAGGAACGAGAAACUCAGGAAAAGCUUUUUACCAAAAUGCCGAGUGAGCAUUUCAUGGAAGUAGCACAACUAAUAUUAUCAGCGGCCUCAGAUGAUGUACCAAAGGCUGGAGAAUUGCGAGUUAUUUUAAAAGACAUUUGGGAUACAAGACAUGCAAAAUCAAGAGCCUCGUGCUCACUGUUGCUGCAAGAAGGAGGCAAACAUGCUAGAGUUGACAACCUCACCCUUAUGGAAAUUAACAGCGUUCGUCCACUUUUACCGCACUCUAUGGAUAUGAUCCGUCGACUUCAGCAACUGAGCAACUCUUUGGAUACCCAAACAAGCCAGACACAGGGCAGCUCUUUUGCGUCUCCAUCACAGUGAUUCACUUGUCAUCGGAACAUAAUUCACGUAAGCAACAGAACUCCUCUAGUGAAGUGCGUGAAUUCCUCAAAGAAUUUUAAGUGGUCGGCAAGCUCAAAUAGAAAAAUUAAGUAAGCAGUGGGUCGCAAUAAGAAAAAAUCAACCUCAAGAAAUUGGGCUUGGAUUGUCUAUAUUUUUGUAUUUUUUACCAUCGUGUAAAUGUCAAGAGGUUUGCAGAAUAUAAUUAAUUAUUUUUUCUAAUACAA